AUGAGCAGUCCUUCGUUUGUGGGCACUUCGAAUGCUUUCGAUACUAACACGGGAGUUCAAGAAGAUAAUGCAAGCGUUGAAUCUGAGAAUGAUGAUGAAGAGGAGGGCUUACAAAUUAAUAACAUGACAUUGAUAGAUCGUGAUGAAGGGGCCAACAACCACAUUGACGGGUGUUAUGCUAAUAAUGACUAUGUUGUCUUAGAGGAUCCGCCGCCCGAUGAACUUCAAGGAGAAGAAUGGAUUGAUAACUCCAUGAUGGAAAGUGUUCCUAUUGGCACUAAUAGCGGUCAUGAUACACAGGGCGAUGACUUCUCAUUCGUGAAGGGAGAUCUUUAUGAGAAUUGUGAAGAUAAAGAUCUUGGUGGACACUACGACGGGAAUGCGAAUUGUCCUUGGAAGCUUAAUUCAUGUUCGGGUGUAAGACCCGUACCAGACAUCACCAUGAUCGGGCAUUCCCAGAGUCAUUUGGCUUGGGUCAUUGAGGAUGCGAGAGUCCGUGCUUUUGAUAGCAUUGAGGCUGAUAUUGAUGCGCACGUGCCUGAGAUUCAGCAUUCGGUGGCGUUAGGACUCCUCAACAGGAUCAAGAAGACCAUAGCGCAGCUCGUCACCGUGCGAACUCUUCACCCGCUGUGUGUUGAGGACUUGACGGUGGAGAAUGGGCUGUUUAAGUCGUUUGAUGAGAUUGUGAGGCGGCAGCUUGAUCCGAUAUGGCAUACGAUUGGGAGGAAGACGAAGCAGCUGGUUAGUGAUCUGAGGACGCUGAGGAAGCUGUUGGAUUAUCUUGUGAGGUAUGAUGCUGUGACGUACUUGAAGUACUUGGAUACACUGAGAGUUUCAGAGGGCGUUCGAUCGGUUUGGAUGUUUGCAGAGUCAAGCCACAAGAUCUUCGAGCUUGCGAAGAGGAGGGUUUAUCAGGUGGUUCGGGCUGAUGGAACGAGAAUUGCUUCAGUUGCUAAGAACAAGAAGAAGAGGAAGAUGAAUGAUAAAAGCAAGAAAGAGAAAGAAAGUGAAAAUGGAGUUUCCUCUUCUAAUUUGCUGGAUCCCACUGUCGGUGUGGUGUUAGAUGAAGUCUUGGAAGAAGCACCCAAAUGGAAGGUCUUACGCGAGUUGCUGGAAGAAAUAGAAGAAGAACGGCAUAAGGAAGCUUUGUCAAGACAAGAGCAGAAUAUGGUUGAAAAUGUUGAGGAUAAUACUGACAUCGUUUUGGUAGCUUGUAAAGAUGAACUCUCAUGUUUGCAGUUGGAAGAUUGUAUAUCGAAAGGCCCACAUAAGGUCAUGCGGGAAGAAUGGGAGAAGUACUUGUUGGGUAAGGCUGAGUUGCAUAGCUUGCGUAAACGCAAUAAGAAAAGAUCUCAGGAUCCUAAGGGCUUCGGGGUACUUGAUGGAGUAGCUACUGGGCCUUCUGAGAACACAGAAGCUAGCAGCAUAUCCAAGCUGGAAAAUGAUGCCUUACUGGCUGCAGCAUCAGAGAUUAGCAAUUUAAAUAAAGAAGAAAUCAGUGUAGGGCACAAUUCUGAGCCACGUACGAGGAGAGGGAACUAUGGAAGAGGAAGGGGGAGAGGAAAGUCCAGGAAUUUAACACCAAGUGCUCGAGUUUCUGAAAACCAAAGGGACAAGCUAUCAGAAAAAGAAAAUAAUAAAAUUGAUCAAGGAAGAGGAAGGGGGAGAGGAAAAUCCAGGGAAUCAACAGAAAGGGCUCAAGUUGCUGAAAAGCGAAGUGAGAAGCCAUCAGAAAAAGAAAAUAAUAAAAUUGAUCAAGACGGUAUGGAAACAGAAGGCCAACAUGGGGAAGCUGAUAUAAGACUUGGAGGCAGUCUUGAGGAAGCGACCUUAGCAAAUGCAUCUGAUGGUAAAAUUGUUCUUCAAAGAAAUGAGCCAGAGUCUUCUGCAACAGAGUCAAGUGAUACAAAACCGCUUCCACCUGUUCAGUUUUAUGCUCUAGAAAGAGAUCAGCACAUUCUUGGCCUUUGGAAGCCAUCUGUAAUUAUCGUUUAUCAUCCAGACAUGAGUUUUGUUCGGGAAAUUGAAGUAUACAAGGCUGAGAAUCCUUCAAAAAAGUUGAAGGUGUACUUUUUGUUUUAUGAAGAUUCUACAGAGGUGCAAAAAUUUGAAGCAAGCAUACGUCGGGAAAAUGGAGCAUUUGAAUCUUUGAUUAGGCAGAAAUCCCUGAUGAUGAUCCCUGUUGAUCAGGAUGGGCGUUGUGUUGGACCUACUAUUUGUGAGCCGCAAUCACUUACUUCACAGAACUCUCUAACUAGAAAGGCAGGUGGUAGAAAGACAGUGGAGAAAGAAAUGCAGGUCAUAGUGGACAUGAGAGAGUUCAUGAGCAGUCUUCCUAAUGUUCUGCACCAAAAAGGCAUGCGAGUCAUACCUAUUACUUUGGAAGUUGGCGAUUAUGUACUUUCACCAUUAAUUUGUGUUGAAAGAAAAAGUAUUGGAGAUCUAUUUCAAAGUUUUGCAUCAGGACGCCUCUACCAUCAGGCGGAGAUGAUGAACCGCUAUUAUAAAAUACCUGUGCUUUUAAUUGAGUUCUCACAGGACAGGAGCUUUUCCUUCCAGUCUGCAAAUGAUAUUGGUGAUGAUGUUACGCCAACAAGCAUAAUUUCAAAGCUUUCGUUGCUUGUCCUACAUUUCCCUCGCCUUCGGCUUGUCUGGUCUCGUAGUUUGCAUGCAACAGCAGAGAUAUUUGCGUCACUGAAGGCAAACCAGGACGAACCUGAUGAGAGCAAGGCCAUAAGAGUUGGUGUUCCUUCAGAGGAUGGCAUUGUGGAGAAUGAUGUCAGGGCUGAAAAUUACAAUACGUCUGCAAUUGAGUUCUUGAGACGUCUCCCUGGUGUAACUGAUUCAAAUUACCGAGCAAUAAUGGACAGCUGUAAAAACUUGGCCGAGCUUGCUCUUCUUCCUGUAGAGAGAUUAGCCGAAUUAAUGGGAGGUCAAAAAGCAGCAAAAACAUUGAAGGAAUUUCUUGAUGCAAAAUGUCCGACAAUGUUGUGACUCUAAUAAGCUUGAGCUUGAAGAUCGCCGAAUCAAAAUUUUGGGUAUUUUUCUUCACCCUGAGAUUUUGUUGGAUAAGUUCUAAUGCCUUCUAAAUCAAAAGCAUCAGGUGCCUUCAGAACACAGGUCACUACCUUUGAAGUAAGGGCUUCUCUGUGGUUCUAAUUUUCCCAUUUUCCCGUCACUAAUUUAUUUGUAUUUUUAUUGUAAUUUCAUAUUGAAGAAAAUUGGUUUUCUGUAAAUUUUUAUUGUAAUUUCAUGUUGAAGAAAAUUGUUACAUUAUUAUUAUUUCAUUGAGAAGAUUCACUUGCUUGAGA